AGACUCUCCAUAAUCUCUUGACCGCUCUUUUUCUUAAUCUUGCCAUUUGCAUAAUCUUACUUGCUACGAUGAGAAUCACACAUAACGUCAAGCUCUUACUCUUCUUUGUCUUCAUCUCUCUCCUCCUCAUCGCCGUAUCCGCUGGCGAGUCUAAGUGCGAGUGUUCAAGCGAAGAAGAAAAAGGAAACAAAGCCGGAGCCAGAAAAUACAAGAUCGCCGCCAUACCUUCCGUUCUUGUCGCCGGAGUUAUCGGUGUUCUCUUUCCUUUACUAGGAAACUUCUUCCCGUCGUUAAAACCGGAGACAAACUUCUUCUUCGUGACAAAAGCCUUUGCCGCAGGAGUAAUCUUAGCCACGGGGUUUAUGCACGUGCUGCCUGAAGGUUACGAGAAGUUGACGUCAGCUUGUCUGAAAGGGGCAGCUUGGGAGUUUCCGUUCACUGGUUUCAUUGCGAUGGUGGCAGCGAUUUUAACUCUCUCCGUUGACUCUUUUGCCACGUCAUAUUUUCAUAGAUUGCAUAAUAAGACGUCUACGAAGAUUGGUGACGGUGAAGAGCAGAUCGGUGGCGGUGGCGGUGGAGGUGGAGAUGAGCUCGGGUUGCACGUGCAUGCUCAUGGUCACGCGCACGGAAUUGUCGGUGUAGAUUCUGGUGAAUCCGAGGUUCAGCUUCACCGGAACCGAGUUGUGGCCCAGGUGUUGGAGGUGGGAAUAAUAGUACACUCAGUGGUAAUAGGAAUAUCACUGGGAGCAUCACAAGAUCCAGACACUGCUAAAGCUCUCUUUGCUGCUUUGAUGUUUCACCAAUGCUUCGAAGGUCUUGGUCUUGGUGGUUGCAUCGCCCAGGGAAAAUUUAAUUGUAUGUCGAUAACAAUAAUGUCGAUAUUUUUUUCUGUAACGACACCAAUCGGAAUAGCAGUUGGAAUGGGAAUAUCAAACUCUUAUGAUGAGUUCAGCCAGACGGCUCUGAUAGUUCAAGGAGUGCUAAACGCUGCAUCUGCUGGGAUCCUCAUCUAUAUGUCUCUCGUUGAUUUUCUCGCAGCUGAUUUUAUGCACCCUAAGAUGCAAUCUAACACUGGUCUUCGAAUUAUGGCCCAUAUAUCUCUUCUUGUCGGUGCUGGAAUUAUGUCACUCUUAGCUAAAUGGGCUUAAAAAUAGUUAAAAAAAAAAAACAUUACACUUACAGUUUAUAGUUUUGUUAAUACGAGAUGUUUCCUAAUAAAUAUCGAUUUAGAUUUUAUUUUACUUUGUUUUACCGAAAAUGCUGUUUUAUAGAUUUAAAGAAUAUUUGUAAAAGAAAUUUCAGUUGUAGUCUACUACUAGUUAAAAAGAUAAAGUAAAAAAGUGUAUUAAUAAAAUGUAUGAUAAGUGAUAACCUCUUUG